CAAAAACACGACACAACAAUAGGUAACUUACUUUGUAAAAGUUGCGACUUGUUUACUAACUAAUAACUACACUACAUGCUAAUGAAAUAUCCAUCUUUCGAUCUGUAGGUGUUUCAUGUAUUCUUGAUUAUGGCUAAAUUAAAAGUUUCGUAUUUAGUUGUUGGUGGCGGAAUAGCCGGAGUGACAUGUGUGGAAACUUUAGCUAUCUUGCAUCCCGAAGAGAGUCUUGCAAUUAUUACUGCCUCCUCGUUAGUUAAAAAUGUAAGCAAUGUUAGUUUCUAUGCUAAAACUAUUGUAAAGUUUGAUGUUUCUGAAACAGAAGCUAGGUCAUUACUAAGAAUUCAUCCCAACCUUAAUAUUAUUUAUGACUCACUAAAAACUUUAAACACACAAGAUAAAUUAGCAACUACAGAUAGCGGUAUCACCAUUGAAUACAAAGUAAUCUGUAUUUGUACUGGAGGUAUACCUCGUUUAAUAUCAGACUCUAAUAAAUGUGAUAGAAUCAUAGGGAUAAGAGACACAGAUUCUGUAAAUGACUUUAAAGAAAAGCUUAAAAAUGGACGAAGAAUGGUAAUAGUCGGAAAUGGAGGCAUUGCAUCAGAAAUAGUUCAUGCUACAAAAGGAAUACAGAAAGUAUGGGUGAUUAGAGAUGAUUAUAUUUCAAAAACCUUUAUUGACCCUGGAGCUGCAGAAUUUUUUCAAAACACAAUGAAGACUAAAUCAUCUAAAGUGCCACAGGCACCAUCGAUACUAAGAAGACACAUAUUUACAGAGGAUGAUAAAUUGAUAUCCAUUAAUAAGAAUUUAAAGUCAGCAGCGCUAGGACCUGAUUGGUACCGUAAACUUGAAACCCUUACUGGAGAUAGUAUAGAACAAGAACUGGAAAUCAUUUACAAUGUUGAAGUUGAUUCAUUUCAGGAAGUAAACAAUAAAGAAUAUCCAUUAGAAGUAAAGCUUACUAAUGGAAAGCUAAUUCAAUGUGACUUUGUUAUAUCUGCAACUGGGGUUGAACCAGCUGUUAAUUUUUCUUGGGACCAUGAACCAAAAAGAGGACAAGAUGGUGGAUUAGCAGUAAAUGAAUAUCAGGAGACUUCUAUUGCAGAUGUGUUUGCUGCUGGUGAUGUCGCUACAGCUGCCUGGGAAUAUGCUCCACAUUGGUUUCAGUUAAGGCUUUGGACCCAGGCUAGACAGAUGGCUGGAAUGGCUGCUAAGGCUAUGCAUGCCAAGAUGACUAAUGAAAAUGUUCUACAAGAUUUUUGCUUUGAACUUUUCACCCAUUGCACAACACUUUUUGGGUACAGAGUAAUAUUGUUAGGAAAAUACAAUGGUCAAGGCUUGGGAAAUGAUUAUGAAAUAUUGCUCCGUACAACUCCUGACCUUGAGUAUAUAAAAUUUGUCCUCAAAAAUGGGAGGUUACAAGGUGCUAUAUUAAUUGGAGAGACUGAUUUAGAAGAAAUGGUAGAAAAUCUUAUAUUAGAUCAAAUAGACUUGACACCAUUUGGUGAUGAUAUAUUGAAUCCUGAUAUUGACAUAGAUGACUAUUUUGAUUAAAUAAUUUGUUAACAACGUUACUUUCCUCCAACUUGCAUUCUGCAAAAAACAAAUAAUUGUGAAAUUG